AUGGCGGCCGAGGCGCGCGUGUCGCGCUGGUACUUCGGGGGCUUGGCCUCGUGCGGCGCCGCCUGCUGCACGCACCCGCUGGACCUGCUCAAGGUGCACCUGCAGACGCAGCAGGAGGCGAGGAUGGGCAUGACGGGCAUGGCGCUGCAGGUGGUGCGCUCCGACGGCGUGCUGGCGCUCUACAACGGCCUGAGCGCCUCGCUGUGCCGACAGAUGACCUACUCGCUGACUCGGUUUGCCAUCUACGAGACGGUGCGGGACCGCCUGGCCCAGGGCAGCGAGGGGCCCCUGCCCUUCUACAAGAAGGUGCUGCUGGGCGCCGUCAGCGGUUUCAUCGGAGGCUUUGUGGGGACCCCCGCCGACAUGGUCAACGUCAGGAUGCAGAACGACAUGAAGCUGCCCCAGGACCAGCGCCGGAACUACGCCCACGCCCUGGAUGGCCUGUAUCGCGUGGCCCGUGAAGAGGGUCCGAGGAAGCUGUUCUCCGGCGCGACCAUGGCCUCCAGCCGGGGGAUGCUGGUCACUGUGGGCCAGCUGUCCUGCUACGACCAGGCCAAGCAGCUGGUCCUGAGCACGGGCUACCUGUCGGACGGCAUCUUCACACACUUCAUCGCCAGCUUCAUCGCCGGCGGGUGUGCCACGGUCCUGUGCCAGCCCCUGGACGUGCUCAAGACCCGCCUGAUGAACUCCAAGGGCGAGUACCAGGGCGUGCUGCACUGCACCAUGGAGACCGCGAGGCUCGGGCCGCUGGCCUUCUUCAAGGGCCUGGUGCCGGCCGGCAUCCGCCUCAUGCCGCACACCGUGCUCACCUUCGUGUUCCUGGAGCAGCUCCGCACGUACUUCGGCGUCAAAGUGCCGUCCUGA